UGUUGCACAAACGAUUGGAGUAACCAACAACAACAAAAUGAAACUGCAACUAUUUGCGCUUUUGUGCAGCGUCGUCGUCAUCGGCUUGGCACAGGCCCAAAACUAUCCGCCACGGCUUAACAUUCCUGGUGCAGUGCCCGUGUCAGCGCCGAUACCGCAACGGCAGCAGGUGCUGCGCGUGCGUCGUCCUGGAGCGCCGCUGCGUCAGCAGCAGGCAAUCUUGCCCGCGGUCACCCAGCGUAUUGCACUAGAGGAACGACCCGUCACCGAGCCCGCUGAGGACGACCAACCGGAUGCAUUCCUGCCCAGUUUGCUGCGUGAGCAGCAGCUUGCUCAGGCACAGCAAUCCCAGUUCCAGCAGGCGGCCGCCGCCUUCCUGAACAGCCAGCAAUCUAUUGAGACGGCCACGCCGGUGCAUCAGUUGCUCCAGCAUGAGGACAGCCAGCCGACAGCGAUAUUGCCAGCGCCACCACGCUUUGCCGAGCGUCCCGCAGUUGCCACGCCGAUCAACCGACCGUCCUUCAAUGACUUUGGCAUUGGACGCUUUGAGAACUCCCAGCGCUUCGAUUUGCCGCGUCCAACUCCAACAGCUGCGGCACCACCACAGCCACAACGUGUAGCCAUCAUCCGCAAUAGACCAUCCGCAGCAGUACGUCCAGAGCCACCAGCGCCUCUGCCCGUUGCACGUCCCAGGCCCAAGCCCAUUCAGCCGCGUCCCAUCAUCGAUCAGAACCAACUGCAGGAUGAGCAACACACGCAGCAGCAGCGUCGCCAACGUCCAGUCGCCCAGACCAUACGCAAGUGGCGCGAUGAGAACGAAGAUGGCACCAUAACCUGGGGAUAUGAGAACGACGAUGGCUCCUUUAAGGAGGAGAUCAUCGGCACCGACUGCAUAACCAAGGGUACCUAUGGCUACAUUGACCCCGAUGGCAACAAGCGUGAGUACAACUAUGAGACGGGCAUCAAAUGUGAUCCCAAUGCCCGCAACAAUGAGGAGGAGCUGCAGGAGAACGGCUUCAUCAACUACGAGGAGAAUCGCGCCGUGUUGCCCAACGGCUUGGAGAUCGACAUGACGCAGCUGGGGAAGAAGAAGUCCAAGCGUCCCAACAGUAUCUACAGAAACUAAGCACUCACACACACACACACCUAAACUCCAGUUAGCAAUUUAAGUUCAACAGCUCUUAAGUCGUCGCCUUAAUUUUACUAAUCUGUCUGUACU